GCAAAAUUCGCUUUCUAAAACGCGGAUUUGAGGUUCUUUCCGCUCGCUUCAAUGGUGGUAGCAAUAAUGCGCUCGUCUUCUCCAGCUCAACAAUGCUGUCAAUUGUGCGGAGGCCGCUCUCUCUGUCAGGAUCGUUCCUGCUCCGCCCUGCAAGCACUGGUGCAAACUCCAAGAGUCUCGCCAGCGGCCUUGCUAUCACCUUUUUCAAUCUAGACCGCCCUGGGGCUGUCAGCACUUUGAAAGUUGCAACUGGUCCUCUUGCACUAAGGGCGCCAGCGCACUCCUCAGCAUUCAGCACACCACCGCUUCCGAUUGCAAAGGUUUUACGUAGCUGCAAUCCAGGAGCACGAAGUAAGAGUUGUCGAAUUGCCACAAGCGCGCAGUCUGAGAUGGCUGCACAAAGCGGGGAAGAUGAGGAAACUUUGCCGGGCCCGACAUGGGUGCUCUAUCACUACCCUUGCCCAGAUGGGGUCUUUGCAGCGCUCGCUGCCUACUUGUACCACCGAGCCAUCAACAAGGAGGUCCGCUUCGUGCCAAACACCGUGUUCAGUCCGAGAAGAGUGGGCGAUCUGCCGUGCACUUCUCGGGACGGGGUCUACCUUCUAGAUUUUGCGGGACCCCAGGGCUUUGCGGAGCGGCUGGCAGGAAAAGCAGGCCGGGUGACGGUCCUGGACCACCACAAGACCGCGCUCGAGACCCUCCCGCGCCCCGGCAGCGGACCCCUGAACCUCCGCACCCUGCUCGACAUGAACCGCAGCGGAGCCACGGUCGCCUGGGACUUCUUCUCCGAAAAGUAUCGACAACAGUCAAAGCUAGUAGAAGAGCAAUCAGCGAGUCGACUUAGGUUUGCGGGCGACAAUUUGGGGCAAAGAAAGCAAACUGAGCGAGACUCAAUGCAAGCCGCUACUUGUAGUGCAUCUGCUGAGCUGUUGGAUGGCCGAGAAGGAGAUCAAGGGAAUGCUACCGACCCCGAAAGCAAUGCCAAAGCAACCGGAUGUGCAGCAGAGGCGUUAGCAAGAGACCAACGGGGCGCUUUUGGACUGCCUGAGGGGAAAGCUACCGCGCUGCGUCGGUUGUUCGAGUACAUAGAGGAUGCGGACCUGUGGAAGUGGACGCUUCCGGACAGUAAGGCGUUCAGCAGCGGGCUCAAGGAUCUGGACGUCGAGUACGAUGCGGGGAAGAACCCGGGUGUGUUUGAGCAGCUGCUCGAGCUGAAACUUGAUGACGUCAUACGGCGGGGAGAGGCUAGUUUGGCGGAAAAGGACGCAAUCAUUGCGGCGGCGCUCGAAGAAACGUUCGUGGUGGAGCUGGGAGGCGGCCAGUACGGCACGUGCCUGGCGGUUAAGGUCGACAGUAACGUGGCGCGACUCCGCAGCGAGCUGGGGAACCAGCUGGCCGCCAAGAGCGAAUUUGCGGGGCACAGGGCGAUUGGUGCAAUUGCAUAUGAGGAACCGGGUCUCGAGGACCCCACACUAGUCAAGGUCAGCCUCCGGAGUAAAGGGGACGAGGACACGACGGUCAUAUCGCAGGUUUAUAGCGGCGGAGGGCACAAGAACGCAAGCUCCUUUAUAGUCCAAAGAACUCUAUUUGACAGCUGGCGACACUGACGGGAACAUUGUCAUGUACAUUGAUUCGAAAGUUGACGUCCAUUCCAAG